AUGUUCUACUAUCCCAAUGUGCUUCAGCGCCACACUGGCUGCUUCGCCACCAUCUGGCUGGCAGCCACCCGAGGCAGCAGGCUGGUGAAGCGGGAGUACAUGAAUGUGAAUGUGGUGAAGACAUGCGAGGAAAUCCUCAAUUAUGUGCUGGUACGAGUGCCACCCCAGAUGCCCGGCUUGCCACGGCCCCGCUUCUCUCUCUAUCUCUCAGCCCAGCUCCAGAUCGGGGUGAUCCGGGUCUACUCUCAACAGUGCCAGUACCUCGUAGAGGACAUCCAGCACAUUCUGGAGCGCCUACACCGCGCGCAGCUGCAGAUCCGCAUCGACAUGGUGGAGACGGACCUGCCCAGCCUGCUUCCUAACCGUCUGGCCAUGAUGGAGAACCUGGAAGAUGCUCCAGACCCCUUUUUUGGCCUGAUGUCUGUGGACCCCAGAUUUCUCAGCCCCUUCAGUAUCCCUCAGAUUCGACACCUCCUAGAGGCUGCAACUCCAGAAAGAGUUCUUGAGGAGACCCUGCCGGAAGUCCCUACAGAGCCUAGGAAACCAGAGAGGAUCCAGGACACCGUGCUGUCUCCCAAGCUUAUCACCAUCCAGGAUGCAGAGCCCAUACGCAUGCUGCAGAUUGAGGGUGAGCAGGACCUCCCCGAGGUCAGCCGCCGAGACUUGGACCUGCUGAUUGCCGAGGAAGAUGAGGCAAUCUUGCUAGAGGAACACCGGCGAGGCAGGCCUCUCCCGGCACUGGACGAGUCCAAGGAGGAGCCCCGGGGCCUGGAGGGGGACAUCACAGUUCCCCCGCUCUCACCUCCAACUCUUGUACCGGUGGAAAGGCCAGCAGAACCAACUUUGAGCCAGACCCUGGACCUUGAAGCACCGAAAGUGCCAGGCUGGGAGCCUGGGGCCCCACUUCCUGAAGUGACUCCCCCGCAGAAGCUGCCUCUGCCAGCCCCACUCAGCCCAGAGAGGAGGAAGCCGCCGGUCUCUCCAUCUCCUGAGAGCCCACCACCCCGCCGCCACCGCCGCCGCCAGUUACUCUUCUGGGACAAGGAGACUCAGAUCCCCCGGGAGAAAUUCCAGGAACAGCUACAAACCAGAGCCCACUGCUGGGAGUGUCCCAUGGUGCAGCCUCCUGAGAGGACCAUCAUAAGCCCUGCAGAGCUGUUCCGAACCCCGACUCAUGCUGGCUGGCUACCACCAGAACUGCUCGCUCUCUGGACCCACUGUGCCCAGCCACCUCCAAGAGCACUCAGGCGAAAGCCACCCCAGGAGCCGGAAGAGGCUGCUGAGAGGGAGGUGGCAGCCGAGGAAGAAAGGAGAAAGACUGAAACGCUGAGUGACAUUGAGGUCCUAAGGGAGACCCAGGAGCCCAGUGGGCCCCUUAUGCUGUCUUCAGAGCUGUCCCUGGAAAUGGCUGAGGAGAAGUCCCGUACCAGCCUCAUCCCCCCCGAGGAGCGGUGGGCCUGGCCUGAGGUGGAGCAGCCGGAACCCCCUGCAUUGCCCGUGGUGCCUGAACUCCCUGAGGUGCCCAUGGAGAUGCCUUCAGAGCUGUCACCAGACCUGGAACUGCUGAGCCUGGAGGCUGUGCACAGGGCAGUGGCACUACAGCUGCAAGCCAACCGGGAGCCCGACUUCAGCAGUCUGGUGUCACCUCUCAGCCCCCGCAGGAUGGCUGCCCGGGUCUUUUACCUACUCCUCGUGCUCUCGGCACAGAAGAUCCUUUGUGUGGAACAAGAGGAGCCCUACGGACGUCUCCUGAUCCAGCCCGGGCCCCGUUUCCACGUUGGCUAG